GGCCAAAGUGCAAAAAAACAAACGAGCCAUUUAUAAAAUGAAAAGGCUUAUGGGCCAUUUUUCAUUCCUUUUUUGCGGCGACUCGCCCUCUGUUUCGAAAUUGAUCUUCCAUUUUCAUCACCACCAUUAGCUCAUCGCGCUCUCCGUUCUUCUUCGCCUUCUUCCUUCUUCACCAGUUUCCAUUUUCAGACAUAUACAUGUCAUAAAUCUUGCAAAGAAUAACCACAAAAAAAAAACAACAACUUUUUUUCUUCUUUUUGUCCUUCUAGAAAUCGGGUGAAGGAGAUAAGAUUACAGUUGCAGAAUUUGAAAACGACGGAGAUAAUUGAGAAGUGAAAGGCCCGUUUUUCUCUUUGUUUUCGUUGUUUUCCUCAAAUAAUUUUCCGUUCAUCCUGCAAUCGAGGUGCUUGAUAUUUUUUUUUAGGUUUUUUCACGUAUGUAAUGCAUCAGAAAAAAUCCGAAGUACAGAUCGGAAAAGAAAGCAGCGGCGUCUCUUCCGAUUUCAACCCGACCCCACCUCUCCCGCCGUCUUCCCUCACCCAGAAACACCCCCACCUUUCUCAAAAUUCCCAUCCGUGUCCCCACCACCCGCCUCCUUCCUCCGGCGUCGUUUCCACCCUUCAGAUCCUCAUCAACGACGAGAACCAGCCGCAGCUGGACCAGAAUGACCAUUUUUUCCUCAAGCCCACCCCUUUCAAGCGACCCCAUCUCCAGCAGCAAUUCUCCAGUACCCUCGCCAAGACGCCGACUUUAUCCAACGCCCUCCAUAGAUACAGCGGCGUUACCUCACCGAACCUACCUCCAAAAUUCAAUAUUUUCUACAAUCGGUCUCGGAAAUUCCUGACUCAUUUCAACCACCACCUCCGCCACCUGCGCCGCCGGUUUCGGGUCCACCUCCGCCUCAUCCUUCUACUCACCCUUCCAUUCUUCUACUUUCUGGUUUCUCAACCUUCCAGCUCGUUUGUGCUCGAUUUCCUGUCUGCUUUUGCCUUCUCGGCCGUGCUUCUGUUCUCAUUAAACUUGGCCAUUCCAAGGCUGCCCUCUAUAAGGUUGUUCCUUUCCAGGUCAUUGCCGAUCAAGAUUAGUGCAAAGGGUCACACUACCGGGCCACACUUGCCGGUGUUUUGGUCUAUCGGGUCCCGGGAAAAGGCGGAUAAGAAAACUAUCUCGGGAUGUUAUGUGCAGGCAUAUAGCAAUGGGGAUGUGUACGAGGGUGAGUUUCAUAAGGGAAAAUGUAAUGGGAGUGGGGUGUAUUACUAUUAUAUGAGUGGUAGGUUUGAAGGGGAUUGGGUGGACGGCAGGUAUGAUGGCUAUGGGGUUGAAACGUGGGCAAGGGGUAGCAGAUACAGAGGGCAGUAUAGGCAGGGUCUUAGGCACGGUUUUGGGGUGUAUCGGUUUUAUACAGGGGAUGUUUAUGCUGGGGAAUGGUCUAGUGGACAGAGUCAUGGUUGUGGGAUCCACACUUGUGAGGAUGGUAGUCGAUAUGUGGGAGAGUUUAAGUGGGGUGUUAAACAUGGUCUUGGGCGCUACCACUUCAGGAAUGGGGAUAGAUAUGCUGGUGAAUAUUUUGCUGAUAAGAUGCAUGGAUUUGGAGUAUACUAUUUUGCAAAUGGGCAUCGUUAUGAGGGGGGUUGGCAUGAAGGUAGAAGACAGGGACUUGGUAUCUACACUUUCAGAAACGCUGAAACUCAGUCGGGUCAUUGGCAAAACGGAAUUCUCGAUGUCCCCAGCACGCAAAGCACCGUCUUUCCUGUUUCUCCUGUUGCUGUGAACCACUCCAAAGUGCUUAAUGCUGUCCAGGAAGCUCGACUGGCGGCAGAGAAAGCAUAUGAGGUGGCAAAGGUGGACGAGAGAGUCAACCGAGCAGUUGCAGCAGCCAACCGAGCCGCUAAUGCCGCUAGAGUUGCGGCUGUGAAGGCCGUGCAAAAGCAAAUGCAUCACAGGAGCAAUAGCGACGGGAUCCCAAUUCCUAUUUCGGAAGCUGAAUUUUCGUGCAGCCAUGCUAGAACCUCCUUGCUAUCCCUCUAUGUAUAUGAACUAGUGCUGGUAGCCAGGGAACCCCCAACCCCAUCCAGCCCCCUUGUAUGUGAAGAAAUGAUGAUGACUUGUGAGAAAAUUGAGAUUAAGUAA